AUGUAUUCCUCGUCGAAUUCCUUCCUCGGCGGUGGUGCCGGUGGUCGACCCGGCCAGGCACCAUUCAUGCCGCAGCAGCAGCAACAGUACUCGCAAUUCCCCCAGGGCCAACAGCAACAACCGCCAAUGCAGCAGCCCCAGCCAACUGGUUUCGCUCCUCAACCCACCGGCUUCGGUGGCCAGCCCUCACCAUUCGGCAGCUCGCAACUACAGCCCCAGGCCACCGGAUUCCCCGCCGGACAGCUCCAGCCGCAGUUCACCAGUUACCCUGGCGCCCCCCAGCCGCCACCACCGUCGCAGCAGCAGCAACAGCAGCCACCGCAAGGCUUCCAGCAGCAGCAAUAUACUGGAUAUCCCCCCCAGCCCCAGCAGCAACAACAGCAGCAGCCUCCGCAGUUUCAGGUCUCGCAGCCCACGGGCCUGCCCUCUCGACCGGCUCCCAAGACAUCCGCCGAAAUCGCCAAUUCCUUCCAAGAUGCUGGCGCCACCGAGGUGCGACCUCAGGUGCCUCCCAAGACUGGGUCGAGGAUCCCCAGUAUUCGCCUCUCGUUUAUCACCGCCCAGGAUCAGGCCAAGUUCGAGCAGCUUUUCAAGUCUGCGGUUGGCGAUAGCAAGACAAUGGACGGCGACAAAGCAAGGGACCUUCUAAUGCGCUCGAAGCUCGCUGGUGGCGACUUGUCCAAGAUCUGGGUAUUGUCGGAUUCUACAAAAUCUGGACAGCUGUUCUUUCCCGAGUUCGCCCUGGCGAUGUACCUGUGUAAUCUGCGCCUCACCGGUCGCGAGCUCCCUUCCGCCCUGCCGGAAACAAUCAAGAAUGAGGUGUCCAGUAUGGUUGAUAUCAUCUCGUUUGACGUUCCCGAUGAACAGUCGGGGCCUGCGCCACGGACGAACGUCCCCAGCUUCGAUGCACCACCUAUAGAGAACAAGUCUACGCCACCAGUUGUCCAACAACCCCAGCCCCAGCAGCCCAACAACUCACAGCUUCUGUCGCAACUGACGGCGCAGCCCACCGGGUUCUUCCCUCAGCAGACCGGCAUGCAGCAGCCUCAGCAAACGGGUUUUCCUGGCCAGAAUAAUCAGUCCCAGUUUCUGCAGCCCCAGCAAACUGGCUUCAUGACCAAUCCGCAGGCUACAGGAUACAGCGGUCCUCGGCCCCCGAUGCCGCCCAUGCCAACCGGCUUUGGCUCCAAUCUCAGCCCCGCGCAGACUGGAGGCAUGCAAGGACUAACUGCACAACCCACCGGUAUACCGGGUCAGUGGGGUUUUAUCAACACUCCGGCACAGGGAUUGCCGAAUAUUGAGGCCAUGAAGCAGCAGCUGAUGCCCCAACCUGGUCGUGAAGGUGGCUUUAGCACCACUGGGCUUUCUGGAAACGCCACAGUUGCCUGGGCCAUUACAAAGGAAGAGAAGAAGAUUUAUGAUGACCUUUUCCGUGCGUGGGAUGGUUUGCGCAAAGGCUUUGUUAGCGGCGAGACUGCUAUUGAAAUAAUGGGCCAGAGUGGGCUGAACCGGAAGGACCUGGAGCGGAUUUGGACUCUGGCGGAUCCUCACAACCGGGGUCGACUUAACAUGGAUGAGUUCGCUGUGGCCAUGCAUCUGAUCUACCGAGCCUUGAACGGGUAUCCGGUCCCCAGUCGCCUACCUCCAGAGCUUAUCCCGCCGUCCACCAGGCACCUGAACGACUCCAUCGGCACUGUCAAGUCACUCCUUUCUCAGGAUGCUGAAUCUCGGAAAGCCAGCGGAGCGUUCCUGCAGCCGCAGAAGACCGGUGUCAGCUAUCUCAAGGACCAUUCGUUCCGCGGUGGAGGUUCGCCCGGAUUUGGCCGCAAGGAUGCAACUAUGUUCAAGAAUAAUGAUUCCGCUAGUGGCUAUCGGUCCAGCGCACGUCGUCGUGUUGGUGGCGACCCUCGCUCUCCCUCGCCUACCGCUUCCUCACAGGCUUCAGAGGAUGAUCUGUCUCCGGACCAAUUGCGCAAGAAGAUCCGUGAGACCAAAGUCAUGCUCGACGCUGUGGAUUUCCAAGACGAGAACCGGGCAGAAGAUGAUGAGGCUCUGGAUCGCCGAGAUCGCCGCGAGGCCGAGAGCCUGAUGGACCGGAUUCGCCGUGUGCAGGAUGACAUCGACACCCACCCCAAUGCCUCGUUCCGCCAAGUGGAUAGCGGGGCUGAGCGUCGGUCCCUUCGACGCCAAUUGCAGUCCUUUGAGGACCAGGUUCCGCAGGUUGCCUCUGAUGUCCGUCGCCUUGAACGGGAGAUUGCGGAUGCGAAGCUUGAGCUCUUCCGCCUGCAGGACGCCAAGGCCAACCCUGGCAGUGCCGCUAACAUCGUGGGCACUGGUCCCGGUGGCGCGGUUACCGAAGCCGAUCGGAUCAAGGCUCGUGCCCGUGCGCGCAUGCAGGCACGGGCUGCCGAACUUUCUGGACGCCCAGCUCCCGCUGCGGAAGAUGAUGACGGCCAGGCCGCUCGUCGCCUGGAGAGCGAAAGCUCGAAGGUGGCGUCUGAGCGCGAGCGCAAUGAUGCCAUGACGCGUGAUGUUGAAGAAAGCGUUCGGGACUUUGCUCGCAGUUUGGAAGAGAGCCUCCGUGAGGAAGGGCAAAACUCAACCCGUGAGCAUGAGAAACGCCGCUGGGAGGAUGCUCUGGGCGUCGAAGAUACCAUUCGCGACUUUAUUUACGAUCUGAGCCGAAACAGUCGGACAGCCAGUAUUCGCAAGGAAGAGCGUGAGAGGCCUGCGCAGGAACAGCGUCGUUAUGAAUCUCCGGCUGCUGAAUCCCCGGCUGCGCGCCCUUCUGUGUCGCCGUCUGCUACCUCCCCUGUCCCUGGUAACACUCACGAGGACCGCGUGGCAGCUGCCCGGCAGCGCGCACAGCAGCGUAUUGCCGAGCGCAUGGCUGCUGCUGGUCUGAAGCCCAGUGACGCGAACGAGACCCUUCUCCAACGCCAGGAACGUGAGAAGAAGGAGCGUGAGGAACGACUGAAGCGUGCCGAGGAAGAUGAUGCCAAGCGCGAACAGGAGAGACAACGCCGCCUGGCUGAAGAGAAGGGUGGCCCCAGUGCUGCUGCUCCGAAGACAGUGGGCAAGAAACCUCCGCCAGCCCCUCCCACGCGAAGAGCCCGUACCGACAGCGCUGGUCAGGCUGAUGCGAAGAAGGCAGAUGAUGUGGCCCGUGAGCAGGCCAUCAGGGAUGAGCAAGAGGUGCAAGAGGCGGAGACCAAGCAGCUUGAGGAUGAGGCAAAGCAGCGCGAAGCUGAGUUCAAUAAGGAGAAGGAGGCUCAAGCAGCUCGACUGCGUGCUCUGGAGGAACAGGUCAAGCAGGGCAAGGUCAAGAAGCAAGAGGAGAAGCGCCGCAGGGAAGAAGCGGCUCGUCAGGCCAAAGAGCAAGAAGACAGACUUGCGGCCCAGCGUGCUGAGCUUGAGAUGGCCAAGGAACGCGAGCGCGAGCUGCAGCGUCAACUGGAGGGAUUGGACGAAGAAGAGAGCUCGUCAGACGAAGAGGGAACUGGCUAUGUUACCCCACAGGACAGCACUCCCACGCAGAGCCAGGUCCUGCCUCCGGCUCCGCCGCCGGUGCCUACUGUGUCGAUCCCCGAACCGGAACCCGAAGCCCCAGCUGUCUCUGCCGUCUCCCCAGACACCGAGUCCAAGAACCCUUACUUCAGCAGGAUGGCGGGUCAGCCGGCCGAGGCCACACCAGCGACGUCACCUCCCGCGUCCACGAACCCAUUCCACCGGCUCCAACAGCAGGAGGCCGUUAAGCCAACCUUCACGGGCGCUGGACCAUUGGAGCGCAAGUCCCGCACGCGUCCCGAAGACGACGACGACUGGUCUCAAGCCGGCUCGGAGUUCGACGAUUCCUCCGACGACGAUGAGGACCGCCCUGGCGGCGGUAGCGCCAAGCAGCUGGCCAGCAUUCUGUUCGGCACGAUGGCACCGCCGCGCCCUCUGAGCGCCAUGGACGAGGACAAGUCGCCGUCUAAGUCCGCCACUCCGGUGCAGGCCAGCCCUGUUGCUCCUCCGCCACCUGUGCCUUCGGCUCCCGCGGAGCCAGAGACUAACGGCUUCUCUUCUCCCCCACCAACCGGUGCGCCUCCUCCGCCGCCACCCCCUCCCCCUGGUGCCGCUGCUCCUCCCCCUCCGCCUCCGCCUCCAGCUGGCGGAGCCCCGACUGCACCGCCGCCGCCUCCUCCGGGCGCUGCACCCCCACCACCUGCGCCACCAGCCAUGGGCGGCGGCGGUGGCGACAAUCGCUCUGCGCUCCUUGCGUCUAUCCAGGCGGGCAAGGGCCUCAAAAAGGUCCAGACAAACGAUCGGAGUCAGAGCAGCUCCGCUGGACGCGUUCUGUAA